UAUGGAUAUUGUAAGUAAAACAAAAGUUCACAUCUCAUGAAUGAACAAUGAUGGCGGUCAGAGAGGUUUUGGUUGUGAUUCGGUGUGCAUGUCAAGAUGUGGACACUAUCCUUGUUUUUGGUGACGAAUUACUUUAUUAUUUUAACUACCGGCGAAUCGACAGAGGAUGAUGUCACAUCAUACACCGGCGUUUACAACCAAUACGCUCCCUCCACCGUCAACUUUCAAGAUAUCUACACCAACACAUUACUAGCAGAGAGAGAAAGAGAGAACGAAGAACUGAAUCUAAACAUUCCUACACAAUACGUGGAGUUCCAUCCGCGAGUGUUGAAAAUAUCGCGGUUAACCCCACCGCCGACUAUACCGAACUCUUCCUUAAAUGAGGAGAAAUACCUAUCUUCUACGACGACUACUGAAGAAGCAGAAACUUCUAAAGUUAUACCAAUAAGACAUCAACAUAAGGGCGUUUUGGAUGUGCUUUUCCCGGCGGCUAGAGUGAGGACUUUUAAAAAUAUAUUUGAUACAUUCAGACGGGUGCUGUCGUAUACGUUUUGAAAAUGGCGUGAUCAUGGUUUUUGGGUUGUAAAUAAAUUGUUUAUU